GUGGGAGGGAUAACUCAUCCCAGCCAGGAGGCAGAGGUGCCGGGCGGAGGGAGCUUGCAGCCUUUCCUCGCCGCUGAAAGCCCUGCUCGAGCCGCGGGACCAUGACUUGGGGGCUUCGCCGCAGCCUCCUGCUGCUGCUGCUGCUGCUGCUGCUGCUGUGCCUGGCGGCACGGCCGGCGGCACGGGCGUCCCAGAGCUGCCUGGGCAGGCAGCAGCUCCUGGCCACCGUGCGGCAGAUGCAGCAGCUGCUGAAGGGGCAGGAGACGCGCUUCGCCGAGGGCCUGCGCCUGAUGAGGAGCCGGCUGAGCGCCCUGCACGCCGCCCUGAGCAAGGCUGCCCUGGAGCCGCCAGCUGCUCCGGCAGUGUCCUGUCCUGCCCUGCAAGCCCCAGCCAGCGGACGCAAGUUUGGCACGAAGUACCUGGUGGAGCACGAGGUGCACUUCGCCUGCAACCCCGGCUUCGAGCUGCUGGGCUCCAGCACGCGGACGUGCCAGGCCAACGGCAGCUGGAGCGGGCAGGAGCCGCGCUGCACAGAGAUCAGCGCAUGCUCCAGCAGCCCCUGCCAGAACGGCGGGACGUGUGUGGAGGAGCCGAGCCAGCAGCGGUGCCUCUGCCCGCCGGCAUGGAGCGGAGCCGCCUGCCAGCACCGCACGCAGACGGCGCCCCCGCCCUUGAGCGUCACGGCCGACCCUGCCUUCAGCCGCAAGCCGCGCUGCGCCCAGGUUGAGCGGACCCAGCAGUGCCGCUGCGAGCCCGGUUUCCACAUGAGCGGCACGGCCACCGCCAACCUCUGCCAGGACGUCGAUGAGUGCGAGGUGUACCAGGCGGAGGGGGCUCCGCGGCUCUGUGCCCACGCCUGCAUCAACCUCCCCGGCUCCUACCGCUGCGCCUGCCCCGGCGGGUACAGCCUCCUGGCUGACGGCAAGAGCUGUGAAGACAUCGAUGAGUGCGCCCUGUCACAGGACAACUGCACGCAGGGGACGAUGUGCAUCAACACAGGAGGGAGCUUCCAGUGUGUCCGCCCUGAGUGUCCCCAGCCCGGCGGCAACAUCACCUAUGUGAAAACAUCGCCCUUCCAGUGCGAGCGCAACCCCUGCCCGAUGGACAGCAGGUCAUGCCACCAGGCGCCCAAGACCAUCUCCUUCCACUACCUGCCCCUGCCCUCCAACCUGCUGACCCCCACACCGCUCUUCCGCAUGGCCACGGCGGCGGCGCCUGGCCGGCCGGGGCCCGACAGCCUCCGCUUCGGCAUCGUGGGUGGCAACAACCGGGGCCACUUCGUGAUGCAGCGCUCAGACCGGCAGACCGGGGAGCUCAUCCUCGUGCAGAGCCUGAAGGGCCCCCAGACCAUCCAGGUGGAUGUGGACAUGUCCGAGUACCUGGACCGCACCUUCCAGGCCAAGCACCUCUCCAAAAUCACUGUCUUCGUCUCUGCCUACGAGUUUUAGGGGGGGCUGGGGGGCAGCUGCAGGGUUUGGGUGGUCUCACAUGCACGUGGCCAGACCCACGGUGAUGGUCCCUCCUCAGCAUCCCCCACCUGGAGCGCUGCAGGUGGUGGCAUGUGCUGAAGCCCCACAGCCAGCUGUCCUCCCCUCUGCAUCACAAGCCUCCAGGUGGCUUUUACACUUACCUAUGUGGAAAAAACAGCAAAUGAGGUGCAACAGAAACUGGGUGCACGGGCUAUCCGCUUGCUGGGCUGCGAGAGCUGAGCAUCGUCUUCACCCGAGGCUCCAGCAGGAUGGCCCAGAGCCUCUACACAUAUGUGGUGCAAGGCAGUGGACAGAAACCAAGCUCCUUAAUUCCUCUUUAAUUCCUUUUUGUAGGAAAGAAGCUAAGCUGGUGCUGUCAGCCCUCGUCUGUGCUGGCCUGGGCUUGCUCACGUGAAUGCUCCCCGCUGAUGCUGAGACCCCCAGUCUGCGGGGCAGGUGCCACUCCCAGCGUUUCGGUGUUUCGGUGCUGGGCUUCCCCCAGCCGCAGCUGGGAAAAUCCCAGUCAGGGCUUGCAGGGCAGAGCUCGAGCACUUGGUGCUGCUCAGGGCAGCAGAGGCUGUGCCCAGCGAGCCCUAGGGCAGCGUAGAAAUCUCGUGUGGUGUAAUGCAUGUCGCUGCUUGUAGUUCUCGGCAUGUGUUGAGAAGCCACAAGUUCUUCCCAGCCUCUGCUCACAGCCUGUUUCCGAGGCAGCGAGUUUGAGACUGUCUAAAACUGAAGCCACUGCAUGGGUGCCUGCAUCGUGUCCCACAGCUUAAGGGGAGAGGCGCUGCCCUACAGCCGGUGGAGCAGCUCCUGCUCCCUGCCUCCUGCAACCCCUGGCACCAGCUGGGGUCAGUUACCCUCAGGUCACCAGAGAUGCGCGGGGAGGACCUCACCUGGUGCUUUUUUGAAGUAGUUGUGGGGAAGUUGAAAAUGCUUCUUGCCACCUCCCCUGUGCCAUGCUGGCCCGUCAGCACGCCAUCCCUGCAGCACCAUCUCCUCUGCCACCUCCCGGAUGGCUCUCGUCCGCAUGAGGGACAUCGCCAGCGGGCAGAGGAUGAGUCCCAGAGGGAUGAGUGAGCCCUCAGCAUCAUAUUGUGCGAGGAGCAGAGGGGAGGGAUGGGUGGAAGAACCUAAGGGCUGUCCCAUGCUUCAGCUGAAGGGCAGCAGCUCCUUAAACCCCUGGCACAUGUGCUCACGCACCUGCAUCCGUCUGCGACCAUGUGGAAGCCCUGGGUAAGCCAGCAUGAAUGUGACACAGGGACAGUGACCGCUUCAGCUGCAUGUGGUGCUCAUGUUGCAGGAGCUCAAGGUGUGAAUAUUUCAUUGUUUAACACCCCCCUGCCUCCACUGUCAAUGCAGCUGCAGGAAUAUCUCGGGUGCGGUGGCAGCUCCUGUCCUGACACAGCUGUAAAAGCCGUGGGGAGGCACCACUGCGGUCUCCCACCUCGCCCCGUUCCUUAGUGCAGCGCUUGUGCAUGUAAACCACACCAACAUUAUGCAUGUUUCUUCAUUAUUCUGGUUUUAAUACAAUUAAAGGAUGAUAUAGCCUCUG